AAGAUGUGAUGAAAAAAACAAGAUAAAAAACACAGAGGUCACAGUGAGGUCACAGUGAGGGUGUUUUUAAAAAGACAGAUUCUCAGGUUCGUCUUCAGAGACGCAGACAGAGACGCUGGGACAUGACCAUCAUCACCAACAGAACAGAACAUCAGAGGAAGUGUGAUGGAAACACCAGUGGAGCAGAGAGCAGACCUGAACAUGGAGGAGAUGGAGGUCUUUGUCUUACCUUCAGAAGAGUCUUCUCCACCCACUGUGUUCGGUGAAGGCACCACGGACACUGAACCUGUCACAGGCUGACAACAGUCACGCUGUGAUUGUGAUAACAUUCUCAUAACGAUGUUGGCACGCGACGCUGACUGAUCUGUGGACCUUCACCUGCCCACGGUUUCCCCCUGUGCCAACGACCUGAUGCCACUGAGGCACCGCGCAGCAGCAAAAUGAGUCAUAGGAGACGCUGAUGAUUCAGACUGAGCUGCUGCUGCUGCUGCUGCUGCUGCUGCUGCUGCUGCUGCUGCCACCAUUGCAACUGUGUUGUUCUCCUUCUCCAGUUUCUGACGACUGGUCUACAGCGGGGUGUUUGCUCCAGACUCAUCACCAACAUCUCUGUGUCAACAGUUGUUUUGCACUAUAGAAAUUUUUUUUUUCCAAAUGUCACGGUGGCUAUCCUGCAGCUAACAGCUAAAUAUUGGUUAGCAUUUAACUAAGCUGGCUGCUCUGUAACAAUUGUUUUUUUCCUAAUUAUUUGUAUUACAAGUUUCUUAAGACAGUCGGCCUGGGAACGCACUCUGAGCUCUGCACUGCCAUCUAGUGGAUGAAUUGCUCAACAACCAUGGCCAAUAUAAGGCAUGUCUUAGAUUGUUUGUCAGUCAUUCUGACUGUAACUUUUUGUAACUUCAUUUUUUUUCUUCUUCUUCACAGACAAUAAAGACUGUUGUUUUUAUUUGUUGUUAAUUUAAUGGACCUCGUUCUCUGAUGGUCUGAAGGAACACAGAGGCCUCGACCUGCUGUCCAGAGGAACAAUGUUCUGUCUCAUUUCCCUGGAGUCAUUUCAUGUCCCCCCCCGCCCCAUAUAUAUAUAUAUAUAAAAAAUGAGUUGUUGAAGCAUUUGUUUAAACAGUUCUUUUCACAUUUUGACCUCCAGUUCUGAAUGAGACGUGUUUGGGUCCUGAUCUUGUUUGUCUCAUCAGGGAUGGACUAUUCAUACGAUGAAGGUUCCGACUCACUCAACUACUCGCUGUGGAACCUGAGCAACAACACAGAUUACGAUUACGACAACACGUCUCGGGAUUGGUGCGAGGCAGGCGAGCACGAGUUCACCAUCAAAACCUUCAAGACCUGCGUCUUCUGCCUCGUCUUCCUGUUGGGCAUGGUCGGGAACUGCCUGGUGAUUGCCACCUUCGCUCGGUACCGCCGCCUGCAGCUCCGCUCCAUGACGGACAUCUUCCUGUUCCACUUGGCGCUGGCUGACCUCCUCCUGCUCUUCACGCUGCCCGUACAGGUCGUGGAUACUUACCUGGGUUGGAUCUUCUCUGUCGCCCUCUGCAAGGUCACCAGGGCCGGCUACGCCGUCAACACGUACAGUGGACUGCUGCUGCUCGCCUGCAUCAGCAUCGACCGCUACAUGGUGGUGGCCCGAGCGCAGGUCAUGCUAAAAUUCAGGCAUCAGAUUCUAACAGGAGGUAAGAUGGCUGCCGUAGGUGUUUGGGUGAUGGCUGUUCUCCUGAGUCUCCCUGAAAUCCUCUUCUCAGGGGUCGCAGAACUGACCACUGAAGAAACUCAGAACUUUUACUGUGGAACGCUGAAAAGCACGCAGGUCAAAAUGGUCGCCAACGGCGUCAUCAUUGCUGUCAUCUGUUUGUCGUUGACAGUGAUGGUGACGUGCUACACAUUGAUUGCAAAAGUGUUGUAUGAAGGAAAGGCCCAGCAACGGCGGAAGGGUUGGCAGCGACAGCGCACUCUGAAGCUGAUGGUGGCGCUGGUGCUGGUGUUCGUAUCAUUCCAGCUCCCAUACGCCGUGGUUCUGUCACGUAAGAUGGCUGGCCAGUUUUGUGGGCUGCUGGUAGAGUACGUGACCUGUACUUUGGCGUACGCCCGUUGUUGCCUCAAUCCAAUCCUUUACGCUCUGGUGGGCGUGCGCUUCAGAGCCGACGUCUUCAGGUUUAUGCAUGAUUUGGGUUGUCUGUGCAACAUCCAACAGGCGACAGGCUCCGCCUCCAUGUCGCCGUCUUCACCUGCUCUAACGGGUCUGUGUUCUCCAACAAACCACGAACGUAGCUAUUCCAGCAACGAGGUCGACGUACCCACUAUUUUCAUGUUUCCAGGACCAAAAUAAGAAAAAAUAAAUAAAUUAUAUACAGUAUAUAUAUGUAUAUAUAUACACACACACACACAUAUAUAUAUAUAUACAUAUAUACAGUAUAUGUAUAUAUCUUAGCAUCUUAGCCUAGUUCUGUCUAGUUUUGGUUUUGAAACUAACCCUGUUUUGUGGAUAACUUAAAUAUUUAUGUGAUAAAUAAAUAUUUAAGUCAAAGUGUAUCAUUAUUUUCAGAACUUUUGCAUUCAACUUUUUAUAACAUUUUUUUAAAAGGUCAAUUUUUAUAUUUUAACUUUUUUUGCUAUUUAUUUCCUAUUUUUUGUCACUUUUAAGCAUUCUUCUUGUUCCUGGCUAAUAAAUAUUCAAAUACUUCUGGGAACCUUCUUACUGUGUGUG